CCUACACAUUACAGUGAUACAGUUCAGAACCAAAAGUUAGAUUGAGAAAGCGACCGAUCACAAAGCAAUGAUGGAGAAGAGCUCUUGUGUUCUUGCAAUCUUAUCUGCAGUUUUUAUACCACUGGCCUUUUCUGACAAUUGUAUGCCCUACGUUGACCAAUAUAAAAAGUGGCACAGUGAGGAAGACUGUGGUUUUACUCAGUUCUGCUGUGGAGACUGUGAGAGACGAUAUUGUUGCCGCAAUUAUUUUUCUAAAUUUGAAGAAGAUGCACAAAUGAAUUGUCACAGAAGUAGGCCCAAUGAUGCUCCGGAUCUGCAGGAGAACUUCGACAAUGUGAACAGUAGACCCAAUGAUGCUCCGGAUCUGCAGGAGAACUUCGACAAUGUGAACAGCAUGGCAACGCCGAUCGUGUCCGUUGUGGUGACCAUCGUGAUCGUCGUCAUCGUCAUCAUCAUCUCGUGCUGCACAUGCUCCUGUUGCUGCCUGUACAGAAUGCGCAGAGGAAGCCCAAGAUCGGUCAUUGCACCUAAUGCAACAACCACUACUACAGUGAGGCAAGUGCCAUACCAACAGCAGCCUACUGCAACUCAGACUUACCCUUCCGCACAGUACCCAGCCUACCAGCAAGUGCCAGUCCAGGAGUGCCCAUCAGUCUACCCACCCCAGGUGUCUGGGGCCCCUCCUCCCUAUCACGAGGCUGUCUCAGUUGGUAUGGAAGCCCGUCCUUAUCCCCCAGCCCAGCUGGGAUACAACCCCAACCAGCCCAACUGCAACCUUUCUGGGGCUGUCUACAACCCAGACCAGCCAGCCUACAACCCUGCUCAGCCUGCCUACAACCCAGCCUACAUGGACCCACACAAGCCAGGCCACUGAAAUGGACCUCUGCAAAUUCCAAAUGCAUUAUCAAUACUGUUGAUCUGCUUCUGCUGUCCGUGUAGGAAUAUAGUGACAACAAGAGAACUUUAUGAACAUGUUAUCCUUGGAUGUCUACAACAACAAAAAAUGAUUCCUGUUUUUUUUGGAAUAUUUUCUGUUUACUUUUUAUUUGCCUUCUAAAAAAGCAGCUCAAAAGUUUUACUGUCCAGCGAAUUAUUUAAAGUAGAUUAGAAAAUAUUGUUUCAUAGAUAGAAGUAUAAAACUAUGUUGGUUUAUUCCAAUUAUUAUUGCAAAAGAGAGUAUUUAGAAGUCCAAAAUUGUAAGAUAGAUAGGUAGAUAGAAACACCCAUCUUAUAAGGUCCAGUGAUACACACAUUAUUGUGAAUAGGAUAAUACUAGAAAUCAGUGUUUGAAACCGUGCUCCUGUAGAGAUUAUUGAUAUAUGUGUCCUUGCAACUUACUCUGAAGUUGUGAUGGUUAGGGGAAAAAGCAAAUGCAUGCCAAAAGGUAUAUUUUAUUUAUACACCAGCAUUUGAAUUGCUAUUGUGAAAUAGAAGAUCUCAAACUGUCUCAUUACACAUACAUUAAUUGUUUCGUUUACAAGCAAGUUGAUUUAUUUUGGUUAACAGUUGUAACAGUAUUGUUAGUCACACUGCAGUGCAACCUGCAGCACAUUGAAAGAACUGCUGUGUAUUUUGUGAGGAUGAUCUUUCUUUCCAUUGUUUCAAGAUCGGAUUUAAUUAGCCUGUUACAGAACAUGUUGUCUUCUUCUGCACUGUUUACUCAGGUUUACUGGAGACUAUUCCUUUUUAAAAUUCAUAACCACUUCAUUGCAACUUUUUUAUGGGGAUGACAGAAAAAAAAAAAAAUAUAUAGGAAAUGCCUUCCUUUUUUAGAUAAUAAAAUGUCACCUGGAUGGAGAUACAAUAUCCAAUUCAAGCUUUAAAAUGACAAGUAGGUCUUAAAUCAUUAUCCGUAAAGGGGUCACUGUAAAAGUUGGGACACUGGGUUGCUUUCUUUGUGUUUUAUAUGUGAAUCAAUGAAUAUUGAAAUCGUUCUCUGUCAUAGACAUACCUGAAUAAAGUGCCUUUAUUGUGCCUGUAAUA